UCGUUGUCAUCAUGGAGCGACAGUCGCGAUCUAACAGCCUGGGAAAUAUACAUAUCUCGUAUAUUGGAAAAAAUAUGGAGCCAGCCACGACUGACAAUGUUAAGAUCAAAAGAAAAAAGCCUAGUUUAAUUAAACAAUGUUUGAUAGAUUAUACUGCUAACACUAACCUUCAUGGCUUAAAGUAUGUUGGAGAAAAGGAACGAACUAUAAUGGAAAAAAUUUUCUGGCUUCUCAUGUUCACUUGCUGUAUUGUGUUCUGUGCUGGUCUAAUAUGGAAGUUAUGGAUAAAAUGGAAUGAUAACCCUGUUAUUGUCAGCUUUGCAGAGACUUCGACACCAGUGUGGAAAAUUCCUUAUCCAGCUGUAACAUUGUGUCCAGAAAUGAAAGUUAUGCAAACAGUGUUCAAUUAUACUGAACAUUACCAUUUACAAGAAAUAAAUCCAAACGCAACAGAAGAACAAGACGAUUUAUUUAAAGAUAUAAGUCUAAUCUGCAACAAAAACAUUUCUCCGUGGAUUCAUGGAAGAAAUUUUUCACUUGGAAACAAAACAGUAGAAAAUAUUAAAAAGGUAUCUCCAAAAAUUUACGAUAUAAUGGAGGGAUUAAUGUGGAAAGACGAACUUCGAAGCUUCUUGAAUUUAUUUUCACCAAUACUUACAGAGGAGGGUUAUUGUUAUACAUUUAAUACUAUAGGCGCGGACGAAUUAUUUCGGAUUGAAAACCUCAACACUGACUACAAUUAUUAUGAUUCUUUGAAUAAAUCGCAGACUUGGACCUUAGAAAAUGGAUAUUCGCCAAACACUCCGCUGGAAACUUAUCCAUACAGAGGCACUGGCAAUGGUGAAAAUGCUGGCCUAGUUAUUGUACUAAGAGCUUCAAAAAAGGAUUUUGAUUAUCUUUGUAGUGGACCCACACAAGGUUUUAAGAUCAUACUACAUAAUCCAGCAGAAUUUCCUAAAUUAUCUCAGCAAUACUUCAGAAUUCCACUAGAACGAGACGUUGUCGUUGCUGCAAAGCCCAAAAUGAUGACAACUUCUGAUGGACUUAAACCGUAUAGUCCCGUUAGACGCCAAUGCUAUUUUUCAAAUGAGCGCUACCUAAAAUUUUUUAAAGUAUACACGCAAGCCAAUUGUGAAAGUGAAUGCUUAACUAAUUUUACCUACACAAAAUGCGGUUGCGUCCACUUCGGUAUGCCACAUGGUCCAGAAAUGAAAGUGUGCUCCCUCGGUAAACGACAAUGCAUGAAUGAUGCACGAAUGGAAUUAGUAACAGUUGAAAUACAAAAUAAUUUGGAGGAAGCUACAAAUGCUGAUUAUACUUUAGGAGAGGCCUAUCGCGUAGCCAUAAAUUGCAAAUGUCUACCCGCAUGCACUUCUAUAGAGUAUGAAGCUGAAACAUCACAAGCUGAUUUUGAUGUUGAUGCCUUCUUCAAAGCUAUGAAUAUUAACACCAUCAACGAAGCAGAUAUUCUCUACACACAAAUUAAGAUUUUCUUCAAAGAAGCACAAUUUAUUAAAGUGCGCCGUUCCGAGCUCUAUGGACAUACAGACUUUCUAGCGAACUGUGGAGGUUUACUCGGACUCUUCUUGGGUUUUUCUUUACUAAGUGUCGUUGAAUUCAUAUAUUUCUUUACGCUCAGAGUAUGUUGCAUAUUGUGGAGGAGUGGUAAAAAUAAAAAUACGUAAAUAUAUUAAGAAGGAUAUUGAAUGGGCAUGAUAAAAGUA